AUGGAUGGGCUGUUUAUCACAAUUUUGUGUCUCAUCGUGAUAGCCUACCGUCUUGAGCGUGUCACGUCCUGCUCUGACGGUCAAGCUCGCGAAUUGCGCUUUCUUUCUUCCUUAUCGUUUGAAGGAAAAUACCUCGCAAACCACGUUAUAACAACGAUCAACGUACUUGACAGAGACCUGUGUGAGUUAAGAUGUUAUGUUGAGAGCAACUGCGUCAGUAUUAAUUAUGAAGUUCAGCCAAACGCAUCACGAACACACAAAUGUGAUUUGAACAACUCAACUCAUAAAGAACAUGACCAGGAUUUGGAAAGUGCACCAAGAUAUUCAUACCAUGGAACAAAUAACCAUUGCGGCCAGGCCCCUUGCAAGAACAAGGCAAUCUGCCAGUCUGGUUUCACAAGCAAAGGAUAUCGCUGUUUAUGUAAACCAGGAUUUACUGGUCCUUUAUGUGAGAACGAACCUCUACUUUCCAUCACAAUUUGUGAGGGAAACUCAGGAGCUAUAACGUGUCAAAAUGGACAGAGAAUCCAGAUCUUGGAUGCUACAUAUGGCAGAAGGAACACACAAACAUGUCCUCAUCGUGCAGACUCGAACACGAACUGUCUUUCUCCAAAUUCUCUCUCAGCCGUGUACAACUUGUGUAACAACUUAGUGUCAUGUCACCUGGCGCCUAAUAACGGUAUGUUUGGGGGAGAUCCAUGUGGAGGAACCUACAAGUAUCUUUUGGUCGAGUACCAGUGCGUGUAGAGGUCAAGGAGAAGUCAAAAUAAUGAUAGCGAUAAAGAUAACAAUAACAGUUAUAGUAAAAAAACAAACAUAAAGGAAAAAGUAGAAAAGGUAACUGACCUAUUGUAGCGUGGCAGAAGAAAUCUUUCCUAACUACUGAAUACCAAAUAAUCUUCAUAAAUCGUUGCCUUCAUCAAGUCAUUUCCAUAUCACAAGUAAAAAAAGGAUCUUCAAUUGAACCGCUGACUCUCGAAACCAACUUGUUCAGAUUUAGUAGAAAAAAGAGUAUCUAUUUAUUUUGUUUUUCAAACACGACUUUACUGAGCCAUCUUUCCAUAAGUAUAGAGCUGCAAUCACGAGGAAUGGAGCUGUAAGCUGAGAAACUGUCUGCUUGAUUUCAAAGGGUUAUAAAUAAACCCAAGUAGUCACAAAACGGCUCGUCUCAUGGAACGUUUUGAUCACACA